GUUUGUCUAUUUAGUGUUUCUUCAGGUUUAAAUGUGUAAUAACGGUGGUUUAUUAACUGUUUAAUAUCUGUGACAGUGCACAAAUGUGGGAAAAUUAAACAAAGCCGCUGGACGUAACUUCUCGGGAUCCUCCAAAAAGUCCACUGAAAAUAUCUCAGUAAAUGACCACCAUUUUACUGAGAUUAUAUUUCAUCCCAUAUCAUCUCAUCUCAUUUCAUUUAAUUUCAUCCCAGUUGAUUGAUGUCUCAAAUUAAUCAUCUUCAUUUCAUUUCACUUCAUAUUAUCAUUUUGCAUAAAAGUAUCCCAUAUAAUAUCGUUUCAUCUCAUUUGAAUUCUUAUCAUGUCAUGUUUCAUAUUAUUAAUCAACUUCAUUUCAUUUCAUAGUAUCAUAAUUCAUAAAAUAAAAAAAUAUAUAAAUGAUUAGGCUGUAUGGUACGACACCUUUGCCUUUCCAUUUGGAUAAAUAAAACUACUACUAUUUUUUUUUAAGAGAUUUUAUGACCUGUACCAUACCCUUCCCAUAAAAAAGGAGGGGAUUAGUUAUCGUGGGAAAAAUGAAUAAUUUCGGAGAAAUUAUUGAACCAUCAAGCCGAACUACUUGGGAAGAUUGGGAUGAAAAUAACAGUUCUACAGAUACGCAAACCAAUUUACAAUUUCAAAAACACAUUGAAAUUCCAAAUGAUAUUGAAAUAUUUAUUUUACUGGAAGGAAAGUAUUUAGCCCAUUCAAUAAAACAGAAUGUAUGCAAUCUGGAACUCAUAAACUCAGUACCUGAAAUCAGCCUAAAGAUUUAUAAAAUGCACUCCCUCGAAAGUUAUGUAUGCAUUAUUUACGAUUAUGACAUAAUUUGUAGUAGUGAAAUAAUUCAUUUACUAGAAAAAUACAUAACAAACAGCAAAAAAGUUAUUUCGAUGAUUACCAAACCUUUAGUUGAAUAUGCUACCUCAGAAGUCUGUCAUGAAGAAUGUGUAAUUAGAAGAUUAUCCACUAAAAAUUGUAAGAAUUCAUCAUUAAGUAAAUAUCCAUGCUUGGAACAACCAAAUAUAAUAUCUGGAAUUUCUGCAGGAGUGGUAUGCUUAAGAGAACACCUGGACUUGUCAGCUUUGGCACUAGUGUUUUAUACUGAAUACCCCGAAGAACAUGAACAAAACGAAAUACACAAGAUACUGGAAAAUUUCCAUUUCAAAUUUAAUCCAAAACCAAAUGGCAUAUUGAAUUCAAAUUUAUACAUUUGAAAUUUUAAAAAAGGUCACUGAAAAAUUAUACUAUUUUUCUUUAAAUUAAAAAUGAACGUCAAUUUGUGAAAACAAUAUUUAUUUCAAAUUAUUAUAAAGUAACAUAAUAUGUAAUAUGAUUUAAUUAUACAUGUCAUACUAAAGAAUUAUACAUAUAUUUGAAACAGUAACAGAAA